AUGUGAAAUAGCCACACCCCACACACAAAGAAAAUACUAAGUCUUAUCUUACAAGACUCGGCAACAAUGGCAGAUGAGGUGGUCCUUCUAGACUACUGGGCGAGCCCAUUCGGUAUGAGAGCGAGGAUCGCGCUGAGAGAGAAAGGAGUCAAGUUUGAGUACAGAGAAGAGAAUCUGAGAGACAAGAGUCCAUUGCUUCUCCAAAUGAACCCGGUUCACAAGAAGAUUCCGGUUCUGAUUCAUAAUGGUAAACCGGUCUGUGAAUCCAUGAACGUGGUUCAGUACAUAGACGAGGUAUGGUCUAACAAAAACACUAUCCUCCCUUCUGAUCCAUACCAGAGAGCUCAAGCCAGAUUCUGGAUCGAUUUCAUCGACACCAAGGUGUACGAGCCAGCUGAUAAGAUAUGGUUUACAACAGGUGAGGUACAAGAGACGGCCAAGAAAGACUUUAUUGAAGCACUCAAGAUUCUUGAAGCUGAGCUUGGAGAUAAACCCUACUUUGGUGGUGAUAACUUUGGGUUCGUAGACAUUGCCAUGACUGGUUAUUACAGCUGGUUCCAAACAUUUGAGAAGUGCGCUAACUUCAGCAUCGAACCAGAGUGUCCAACACUGAUGGCUUCAGCCAAGAGAUGUUUUUUUUUGAUAUCUCUGGUGUCUGGGCAGCCACUUUCCCAAAUAUCCCCCGAAGAGGUCCAGCGCCCCAGCAGUAAGGAUGUUAAAUCGCUGUGGCCGGGUUUCGAAGCUGGGUGGCGGACACCUCAGCCGAGGUUCCAUUACCACCAGGCUACGAAGCCCGGUUCAGCCAAGAGAUGUUUGCAGAGAAAAACAGUGGUCGACUCUGUACCUGGCCCUGACGAGCUCUUUGCCUUAGCCUUUAAACUUAGGAAGGAGUAUGGCGUCUGAAUCUUCCAGUGUCACAUUUGGUUUGUGAAUUGAUUCCUCUUCAUGUGUGUGAUUUGUCUCUUUCCAACAAAUAAUAAUCUAUCUUAUUAAAACAGAAGUACACAUAUAAAAUACUCCUUAGUUUUCAGUGUUAUUUACAAUUAUAUGCCACUGAGAAUUAAAUUGAAUUUCUUAU